AUGAGCUCCAACGAUGUGUCGCCCGAGGCGAUGCAGUCACGUAUUCAGCAGGCCCGCCGCGAGGCCGAGACACUCAAAGACCGCAUCAAGAGGAAGAAGGAUGAACUAGCCGACACCACUCUCCGCGCCGUCGCCCAGCAGGCUCACGAGCCCAUCCCCAAGAACCAGCUGAUGAAGGCCAAGCGCACCCUCAAGGGUCAUCUGGCCAAGAUCUACGCCAUGCACUGGUCCACGGACCGGAGACACCUCGUUUCGGCGUCUCAGGACGGAAAGCUGAUCAUCUGGGACGCCUACACGACCAACAAGGUCCACGCUAUCCCUCUCCGCUCGUCGUGGGUCAUGACCUGCGCCUACGCUCCCAGCGGCAACUUUGUCGCCUGCGGCGGUCUCGACAACAUCUGCUCCAUCUACAAUCUCAACCAGCAGCGCGAUGGGCCCACCCGCGUAGCUCGCGAGCUUACCGGACAUGCUGGAUACCUCUCGUGCUGCCGCUUCAUCAACGACCGCAGCAUCCUGACCUCGUCCGGAGACAUGACCUGCAUGAAGUGGGAUAUCGAGACGGGCCAGAAGGUGACCGAGUUCGCCGACCACCUCGGCGAUGUCAUGAGCAUCAGCCUCAACCCCACCAACCAAAACACCUUCAUCUCGGGCGCCUGCGAUGCCUUCGCCAAGCUCUGGGAUAUCCGCGCCGGAAAGGCCGUGCAGACCUUUGCCGGUCACGAGUCGGACAUCAACGCCAUCCAGUUCUUCCCCGAUGGUCACUCGUUUGUCACUGGUUCUGACGACGCUACCUGCCGGUUAUUCGACAUUCGCGCCGACCGCGAGCUGAACCUUUACGGAACGGAAUCCAUUCUCUGCGGCAUCACCUCGGUGGCCACGUCAGUGUCGGGUCGCCUCCUGUUUGCAGGUUACGACGACUUCGAGUGCAAGGUCUGGGAUAUCACGCGCGGGGAGAAGGUCGGCUCGCUCGUCGGCCACGAGAACCGCGUGAGCUGUUUGGGUGUGAGCAACGACGGUAUCAGCCUGUGCACAGGUUCUUGGGACUCUCUGCUUAAGGUCUGGGCGUACUAA